CUGCUGCAGCCUUCUCGCCCUAUCAAUAAGGUUCAGUUAGCCAAGGUGGAGGAUGGGAGCAGCAUGGAACUGUCCCAGCUCCUCAAUGAGAUCAGGGCAAAGUAUGAAACGCUCAUCACCAGAAGUCAGAUAGAGACCAUCCUCUCAGCAGGGACCCAGCUAGAAGAAGCCACUAGUGAAAGAAUGAACAAAGAUGAGGAAGUGCUAAAAGCAGCCAGGGCAGAGCUAAAGGAAGCUAGACAACAAUGGCAUCAUAUGCAGAUGGAAAUUGACUCUCUCCGUGCUGAGGAAAAGGGUCUAGAAAAUUCUCUGCGCACCACAGAACAGCAAUACCAGACACAGCUAAAGUAUCUAGAAGAAGAGAUUGAAGGCCUGGAGAAAGAGCUACAAGAAGUGCAGCAAGGCAUGGAAAAACAGCUCCAGCAACACAAAAUAUUAUUAAACACUAAGAUGCGGCUUGAGCAAGAGAUAGCUACGUACCGCAGUCUACUGGAGAAAGAGGAAAAGAGGUUUCAUCAUUCUACAUGCCAAGAAAGAAAGGAUGACAAAAAGCCUACCACCAGCCGAAUAGCAUUUAUUUUGCCUUCAUCAAGCAAAGUAAAGAUGCACGAGAUUGAAAAAGUGGAAAUACUGACAAAACAAGCAGUCUUAAAUGGAAACCUGGCAAAUGAGAGUGCAGAGGCUUGUGGCACAAUACAGACAGAGAAAGUAGAUGAAGUGAUUAAAGAAUGGGAAGGCUCUUUCUUUAAGGACAACCCUCGCUUAAGGAAAAAAUCAGUUUCUUUGCGGUUUGAUCUCCACCUAGCAGCCACAGAUGAAGGUUGUUUACAGACUAAACAGAAAAGCCUGCCUGAUAUUGAAGUGAGAUUGGUUAUGAGGCGGUCUUGCAGUAUCCCAUCCAUCAAAACUUAAAUCAGCAUCAAUCCAACCCAAAGAUUAUUCAAAUUAUUCAUGGAUGAGUUUCAGAAAUAAAUGUUAGCAGGGACCUAGAUGGGCCACAUGAUUGUCCUAUCUGUCAAAGCAGUAUAUUCUGUCAACAAAUAUAUAUUUCUAUAACUAUUUUAAAGAUAUGAGAGGAAGUUGAGAGAAUUCUAAGAAAGAUAAUUCCUAUUAGGCUACUAUUUAAACACCUAUUGAAGUACUUUAUUUUUUUUCAUUUAUUUUUCUCCAAAUAUUUG